GCACCAGGCCUGGCAGAGAGUCCGUGUCUGGAGGGAAUUCGGGGCCCGCCAGGUCUGGGUCCCCGGGGAAUGGAUCGCGUGUGGAGUGCGUGGUGCGGAAAGUGCGUCAAAGAAAACGGGUCAUCGCCACUCUGGGCCCAUCGCGUCGUUGUCGCCUGGCUCAGUAGGGCCGAGUGGGAUCAGGUGACGGUGUAUUUGUUCUGCGACGACCAUAAAUUGCAACGGUAUGCCUUGAACCGUAUCACCGUGUGGAGGAGCAGGUUAGGAAACGAACUCCCCCUGGCAGUGGCCUCUACUGCUGACCUGGUACGCUGUAAGCUCAUGGAUGUAACUGGUGGCUUGGGCACUGAUGAACUUAGACUGCUCUAUGGCAUGGCACUGGUCAGGUUUGUGAAUCUUAUUUCGGAAAGGAAGACAAAGUUUGCCAAGCUCCCCCUCAAGUUCCUGGCUCAGGAGGUGAAUAUUCCGGAUUGGGUUGUUGAACUUCGCCAUCAGUUGACCCACAAGAAAAUGCCCCAUAUAAAUGACUGCCGUAGAGGCUGCUACUUUGUCCUGGAUUGGCUCCAGAAGACCUAUUGGUGCCGCCAACUGGAGAAUAGCCUGAGAGAAACCUGGGAGUUGGAGGAGGACAGGGAAGAGACAGAUGAAGAUGAUCCAGAGGAAGAUAAAAACAUUGCUGAUGACAUCACUGAUCAGAGACCAGAGCCUAAGCAUGAGGGGAAAGGUGCAGAGCUGGAUGUCAAGGCUGACGGAGACAGUGAAGGCAACAAAGAGGUUGAUCCACAUUGGGAAAAGGCUCUGAGACAUAAAGAGCUCUAUGAAAGAACCCGAGAACUGCUUGUAUCAUUUGAAGAGGAGCAGUUUAAGGUGCUGGAGAAAUUUAGGCAUUUGCCUCAGGCCAUUAAGGCGUGGAAUAAUCUGUCUCCACCUGUAGAGUGCAUCCUGGCAGAGCUUAAAGGCAUUAUAUGGGAGAACAGGGAGGCUGUGCUGGAUGCUUUUCUGGAUGAUGGCUUUCUUGUCCCCACGUUUGAGCAGUUGGCAGCUUUGCAGAUAGAAUAUGAAGAUGGGCAGACUGAGGUCCAGAGAGGGGAAGGUACUGAACCAAAGUCACACAAAAACAUGGACUUGAACGAUGUCAUGGUGCCAAAGCCGUUCUCUCAAUUCUGGCAGCCCCUGCUUAGGGGCCUGCACUCCCAGACCUUCACGCAGGCCUUGCUGGAGAGGAUGCUUUCUGAGCUGCCAACCUUGGGAGACAGCGGGAUCCGGCCCACCUACAUCCUCAGAUGGACAGUUGAACUGAUCGUGGCUAACACCAAGACUGGACGAAAUGCCCGCCGAUUUUCUGCAAGCCAAUGGGAGUCAAGAAAGAGCUGGAGGUUAUUCAACUGUUCUGCCUCCCUUGAUUGGCCCCGGGUGAUUGAGUCCUGCUUGGGCUCACCUUGCUGGGCCAGCCCCCAACUCCUUCAGCUCAUCUUCAAAGCCAUGGGUCAGGUCCUGCCUGACGAGGAGCAGGAGAAGCUUCUGCACAUCUGUUCCAUUUAUACUCAGAGUGGAGAUAAGAGCCUGGUGCAAGAGGGCUCAGAGACUUCCUCCCUUGGGAAGUCUCCAUACACACUGGAUAGACUGUAUUGGAACCUCAAACCAGCUGACUGCUGCUCCAGGCCUGAAGGAAAAGGUCAGCAUCAGGGGGAGCAGGGUACCCUUAAUGAUAUCAAGGAAGAUGAGGAGGAAGAGAAAGUUGUCUUGGAAGACCAUGUGGAGGAGGAGGAAGAUGAAGAAGACGAAAAUGAUGUCCAGGAGAAGUGGGAGGAAGAGGAGGAUGAGGAUGAUGAGGAUGAGGAUGAUGAUGAUGAAGAUGAUGAUGAGGAGGAGGAGGAGGAAGACAGAAUGGAGAUGGGGCCUUUCUCUACAGAGGAGGAGACUCCUACUGCUGAGAAUGCCUUACUCCUUGCCCAGAAAAGAGAAGCUUUGCAGGGCUCUGCAUGGCAAGUUAGCUCAGAAGAUGUGCGAUGGGACACCUUUCCUUUAGGCCGAAUGCCAGGUCAGACUGAGGAUCCAGCAGAGCUAAUGCUGGAGAAUUAUGACACCAUGUAUCUUCUGGACCAGCCUGUAUUAGAGCAGCGGCUGGAACCUCCAAAGUGCAAAAAUGGUACUCUGGGCCUGAGCUGUGGCACUGGCAGUGGCAACUGCAGCAAUGGCAGCAACAGCAGCAGUAAAUUGGAGGGCCUGCUCUGGAACCAAGGCCAGCUACAUGGGCUUAAAACUGGCCUGCAGCUCUUCUGAUACCUGCCCUGAUGCAUAUGUUCUUCCAGCCCUCCUGGGGCAACAACCCCCUCCCCUGUCCCCCACACACCCUUCCCCAGUGUACCUGAUGCCCAUGAAAUAACCUGGGAGACAACCUAUACUAGCCACUUAAGCUCAGCUUUCUGCAGUGGUGAAAAUUUGAAUAUGUUUGGGCCUUUUUUGUUUUACCUUGAAAUACAAUAAAUAAUCAACUGUUGUUU